AAUCACGAGGCCUCACACCCGGAUGUGCUUGCGGGUUCUGAAAGCUAGCUCAGCACCGGGGUGCGGCUUUCCACACGUGAGGCUUUCCACACGUGAGGACCCUAAGGAGGCUGUGGGCAUGUGAAUUAAGUUCAGUGGCUCGCGUGCGUUUGCCUACUCGGGGUCGUUCCUUCGGGUGUCGAGUGGGGGCCCACAUCGAUGGGUCUGUUAGUGACUAGAAUAGUCGGUCGGAUGCUACCUCACAGGGAAUAGUUGUGGAACUCGCCCCUUGGGCAAAGAGAAUAUGAAUCUCCUACCUAAAAGCUCCAAGGAUUUUGGCUCUGUUGACUACUGGGAGAAGUUCUUCCAGCAGCGAGGAAAACAGGCUUUCGAGUGGUAUGGGACCUACCUGGAACUGUGCGGAGUGCUGCACAAGUACAUCAAGCCUAGGGAGAAGGUGCUGGUGAUUGGUUGUGGCAACUCAGAGCUGAGCGAGCAGCUGUAUGAUGUGGGCUAUCAGGAUAUAGUGAACAUUGACAUCAGUGAGGUUGUCAUCAAGCAAAUGAAGGAACGCAAUGCCAGCCGACGACCCCAGAUGAGCUUCUUAAAGAUGGACAUGACACAGAUGGAGUUUCCGGAUGCCUCGUUCCAAGUGGUGUUGGACAAAGGCACCCUGGAUGCUGUCCUGACAGAUGAGGAGGAGAGGACCCUGCAGCUGGUGGACAGGAUGCUGGCUGAGGUUGGCCGUGUCCUGCAGGUGGGCGGUCGCUACCUCUGCAUCUCCCUGGCUCAGGCUCACAUCCUGAAGAAAGCAGUGGGUCACUUCUCUCGGGAGGGGUGGAUGGUAAGGGUGCACCAAGUGGCUGACUGCCAGGACUUGAUGUUGGAAUCAGAGCCUCGCUUCUCCCUGCCUGUUUUUGCCUUCAUCAUGACCAAGUUCAGACCAGUCCCUGGCUCUGGCCUUCAGAUCUUUGAGCUGUGUGCUCAGGAGCAGGGCAAGCCCGUGCGGCUGGAAAGUGCUGAGCAGCUGGCAGAGGCCGUGCGGGAGCGGCAGCAGUAUGCCUGGCUAUGUGGCCAGCUUCGCCGCAAGGCCGGGCUGGGGAGUGUGUCUCUGGACUUGUGCAGUGGGGACACGGGGGAGCCACGCUACACCCUCCACGUGGUGGACAGCCCCACUGUGAAACCAUCGCGGGACAAUCAUUUUGCCAUUUUCAUCAUUCCCCAGGGCCGGGAGACUGAGUGGCUGUUUGGCAUGGAGGAGGGCCGGAAGCAGCUGGCAGCCAGUGCAGGCUUCAGGAGGCUGAUCACAGUGGCUCUUCAUCGAGGUCAACAGUACGAUGGUAUGGACAGUAUUCAGGCUGAGCUGUCAGCUAGAGUCAUGGAGCUGGCUCCAGCUGGGAUGCCCACUCAGCAGCAGGUGCCCUUUCUGUCUGUGGGUGGGGACAUCGGAGUCCGGACCAUUCAGCACCAAGACUGCAGCCCCUUGAGUGGCAACUAUGUCAUUGAGGACGUGCAAGGGGAUGACAGGCGAUACUUUCGUCGGCUGAUCUUUCUCAGCAACAGGAAUGUGGUGCAGUCUGAAGCCAGGCUGCUGCAAGAGGUGUCUCACAGAGCCCAGAAGAAGCGGAAAAAGGACAAGAAGAAGCAGCGGCCUGUUGAUACUUGUGAGGACCUCCCUGCGGCCCCAGGGCAGUCCAUCGAUAAGAGUUACCUGUGCUGUGAACACCAUAAAGCCAUGAUCGCUGGCCUCGCUCUGCUGAGAAAUCCAGAGCAGCUUCUCGAGACCCCACUGGCUUUGUUGGUAGUGGGCCUGGGUGGGGGCAGCCUCCCUCUCUUUGUCCAUGAUCAUUUCCCCAAGUCUCGUGUUGACGCUGUGGAGAUUGACCCUUGCAUGUUGGAAGUGGCCACUCAGUGGUUUGGCUUCUCCCAAAGUGACCGGAUGAAAGUCCACAUUGCAGAUGGCUUGGACUACAUUACCAGCCUGGCAGGAGGAGAAGCACGGACUCACUAUGAUGUCAUCAUGUUUGAUGUAGACAGUAAGGACCCAACACUGGGAAUGAGUUGUCCACCCCCAGCAUUUGUGGACCAGCUUUUCCUGCAGAAAGUCAAAAGCAUCUUGGCAGAUGAAGGUGUUUUUAUCCUGAACCUGGUGUGCCGAGACUUAGGGCUAAAGGACUCGGUGCUGGCUGGACUCAGGGCAGUGUUUCCUCUCCUAUACGUUCGGCGAAUUGAAGGAGAAGUGAAUGAGAUCCUGUUCUGCCAGCUGCAUCCUGAGCAGAAGCUUGCCACACCAGCGCUCCUAGAAAUGGCCCAGGCCUUGGAGCGGACCCUAAGGAAGCCUGGGGGGGCCUGGGAUGACACAUACGUCCUGUCAGAUAUGCUCAAGAUGGUGAAGAUUGUAUAAUCGCUGAGGCCAUGCUGUUCUCUAAGCUUCCUGCCCUGACUUGACCCUGGACUCCUGACCUGGCAAAAAUUGAAGACCUACUUUUUUAAAAGUUGUAUUUUUUUUGCUUUCAUACUCUACUACCUGUAGACUCAAGCAGGGGUGAGAUUACCUGAAGAUCUGGGGAAUAAAGUCCUUCCCAUUCUGUCCUUUUCAGUGUUACUUGGGUUGAUCAUGUUUGUUUCCUAUACCAUGUCCCUGCAGAGGCUUCCUUGUUGGAACUCCUAGCAGACACUGCAUGUCUCAAGAAAUAUGUGCCAAACUCCUUAGGACCAAUGACAAUCCGAUUUGAUUACAUCUGUCAUUUAUUGCUUUGUGUUUGCUUUUUCCCUUUCUGUUUUGGUAGGAAGCAGCCCAAGUGAGAUAGCAAAGACUGUAUGCCAAAAGACUAAGUGGCCUUUCUGUAGAAGCAGACAGAUUUUCAAGAACAUCUACUGUUUGUCUCCUUGCAGAUGGAACUGUCAUCAAAAUUGUCACAAGUUUAGGAAUGUGUUAACCUACUCAGAAGCUUACCUUAACUAUCCAGAUGUUAUAGGCUAAGGCGUUUGUAUGUUCUCAGUGAUGGGGAUUUGGAUAGCUGUUUCCAUCAUUGUGUAUGUCAGACUUGGCAGACGAAAGUCUCUGGUAUUUGUUUACUCACAUUUACUAAGUGACAGUUACACGCCAGACUGUGUAAAGAGCUGUAGUGGAAGUAAACAUGCUUAAAAAUAGCAAAAAAUAAAAACAAAACCUUAAACACACAGAUUAGUAAUAAAAAAUUAACAUGUUCCAGGCACUAUACUCAGUGUUGUACUAUAUUAUCUCAUUUAAUCUGAGAUAAAAAAUAAACCAAAACUCUGACCCCAAA